AUGACUGGAAAACAACCCCCAAGUCCAGGCCUCAUCCCCAAUCCGUUUAUCAAGAAACGAAACCUCGAAUGGACUAUAGACUCGCCAUCUCUCUCACAGCCACCAGCAACUGCCGAUAUAGAAUCUGGAUCGGCUUCUAUAGACGAUCAUCUCUCCCAUUUCAAACAUCUCCUCUCCAAACACAUCAUCACUCCUUCCCCGCUAUCGAUAGCUUCAUAUGCGUCACUAUAUACGGCCAAUGCGGGAAGUAACCAGGGCGCGCACUUUGUUAUCCAUCAACAUGAUCACCCCAUUGCAGGUACACACUAUGACCUCCGUCUUCAAAUCAAUGAGUCCAGCAGCGUUAGCUGGGCGAUUAUGUAUGGACUUCCAGGCGACCCCAAUAGUAUCAGACUAAAUCGAAACGCAACCGAGACGCGGAUUCACUGCUUAUGGAAUCAUCUUAUAGAAACCGCCUCAGCCUCAACUGGCUCUCUUCUCAUCUGGGAUACAGGAACAUACAGUAUCCUGCCCCGUAAAAGCAAGCACUCACCACCAGCCGAUCCCUCAUCAACACCUUCUUCUCCAACUUCAUCUUCCCCAUCAACACCACAAGCGCUCUUACACGCAGCUUUCCAAAGCCGCAAGAUCCGCCUUCGCCUACACGGACGGCGCUUACCAGACCCAUACGUCGUGAAUCUCCGUCUCACCAAGUCAGAAGAUGUGGCUGGUAGAGUAAAAAGCGGGAGGAUACCUCGGAAGCGAAGACGUCGGGGUGUGCAAAUGCAUACUCAACCUGAGACGACCGGCGAAGACGAAAGCGACAUCGAUGAGAGCGAAGAUGUUCCCACUAGCGUCGACGAAAGCACCGACGCGGAGGGUCUCUCUGCAAUGGAGCGUGAGCUGCGUGAACUUGAAGAUGAGGAGGUUCGCAGAACAAAUGCCUAUCCUGGAGCCUCCAACACCAUUGGUAGUAUACAUCAACGGCGGUGGUAUCUUUCACUCGAUCGUCCAGGAUGCGGUUUCCUUGAGAAGCGAACAAAUGGUCGUUCGAAUUGGGAACUGCAGAACUCCAGAGAAAUCCAAGAUGAGGAGACAGAAAACGGACGUUUGUUCUAUCCAUUUUAUGUCCGUGGAGCGGAUCAUGAGCGAAGUGUAGUAACAGGACGACAUGGAGGCGAUAUUCUCAAAGAUGAGGGUGUGGACAAAUUCGUUCAACGCAAAGGUUGGAGGCCUGUCUUGAAGUAG